UUUUUUGCAUUAAAUCAUACUGGGAUGUUUGCUGAAAUUGAUAGGAUGGCCCUACCUAACCUGUAGGUGAUUUUUCUUAAAACAUAAAAGGUGAGGCCUAGUUUGCAAAUGGAGGAGUGUUCACUUUUUCACUAAGACACGUUGUGGAAAUGCACUUUACAUUCCAACUACGCGUUUUCACUGCACUGCGGCCGCUCGUAUCAAAUUGCUUCCGAGGCUCGUGGCGUUCUGUGAAGCUCCCCAGCUUUCUCAUUUUCCCCUCAGACCCUCUUUCCUUCUUCCUUUUCUGCUUCUGUUUCAAGAGUAACCUCCACCGCACCUCAACCCUAAUUUUCACCAACACAUUGAGUCCCGUGAGCCAUUUCCCCCCCCGCACGGCUCUCUCCUCACAACCUCGUCACCCUCACUGUCUCUCAUCUCCUUGAUUCCCGCCACACACACCCCUGUCCUCUUUCUCCUUGGCAGUUUGGCAGUCAGUGUUCACUCCAUUCCUCUUCUUUCGACCACCUGCCGGGCCUGUCCACUCAUUACUUGCCCCCCCUCCUUAUCAUCUUCUCCUCUCCUCCCCUGAUGUAUUCUCUCUCCCGUUUCUCUCCAGGCCACUUUCUCAACGGCAGCUACUGCACUUUUGAAGAGGGCGAGUGCGGCUGGCAGUCGGUACCGGGCCGCGGUCUCUCCUGGAGAAGACUCCAGUCGCCGGCCAAGGCCACCAAACAGAGCUGCCCGUCAUCAGGUGCUACAUUCAGCGUGGAAGGAGGCCAGUCCAAAGGCCAGCGGAGCUCAGCGAUACUGAGGAGCCCUCUCUUCCCCCCUCCCCUCAGAAACUCCCCGUGCACGGUGCGGUUGUGGCUGUGCUCUGGAGGCUUGCAGAGGGGGUCGUUGUCUCUGUGGAUUGCUGAGAACAGCACAGGCCCCGAGGAGCAGCGCAGACUGUGGCAUUCAGCCAGCAAACCCAAAUCUGAAAGGGGCUGGAAGCUCGUCAUAGUUCCCCUUUACGGGCUGGCAGACUGGUUUUGGCUGCAGUUCAGCGCGGAAGAUGGACCUGGACCCGGUUCAGCCAUCUCUAUAGACAACAUCUCUUUCAGUAUGGACUGCUUCCUGGCAUCCAACGGUGAGUUUCCACCUGUGGUCGCCAGCUCAACCAGGUUGCCCUUCAGCUCUACGCCCCCGUCCAUCGGAAACCCUUUGAUGACCUUCCCCCCCACAGAUUACUGUAAGUGUGAGCUUGAUUACCACGGUUCAUCCUCCACCCUCAAGGAGAACACUCUCCCCACUGACAUUGUCUGUUUCUCCUGCUGUCUCUCUCUGUCGUCUUUUUGACACUCUCCUUCGCUCACACACACACAC